AUGCCUCCAAAGAAAGCUACAACUUCCACAGCCACCAAGCCAAAGCCAGCCAAGACUGAAUAUUCAGCUAAUGCCAAUCCAAAGAAGAAGGAAGACCACCAGAAGUCAUACAAAGAAUUGAUCACUGAAGCUUUAAUCUCUUUGAAGGAAACAAGAAAGGGGUCAAGUCGUCAGUCUUUGAAAAAAUAUAUAAAGGAAAAUUACCCCAAGAUCGGUUCUGCUCCAAAUUUUGAUGUUUAUUUCAAUAAUGCAGUUAAAAAGGGUGUCGAAACUGAGGAUUUCAUGCAACCAAAAGGUCCUUCUGGUCCAUUAAAAUUAGCCAAAAAGGAGCCUUCCCCAUCAUCUACCCCAAAGAAGGAAGCCACCUCCACCACUACUACUUCAAUAGUCACUACUCCUGUAGAAUCUAAAUUGAAAGUUAAAGCUACUAAAGCAGUCACUGAUAAGAAAGUUAGUAAAAAAUCAUCAUCUUCAUCAUCAACCACUGCAUCUACAACUACUUCAAGUGAUAAAAAAAUCACAAAGAAAUCUACAUCUAUUGCUGCAUCAAAAGAAAAAUCAAAAUCAAAAUCACAAAAGCCUAAAUCAAAGCCUUCAUCUUCUUCAUCUAGUUCUACUCCAACUUAUAAAGAUAUGAUCAUUAAAGCUAUCCAAUCAACAAAUAAUGGUAAAGGUUCAAGCCGUACUGCUUUAAAGAAAUAUAUUAAAGAUAAUUACUCAAAUGUGAGUAGUACUCAUUUCGAUAACUUAUUCAAUUCUGCAGUAAGAAAAGGUGUUGAGUCAGGUGUAUUAGCACAACCAAAGGGUCCUUCUGGAGUUAUUAAGAUUCAAAAGAAAACUGCUAAAGUCUCGGCAAAAUAA